AUUCGCUAUAAAAGUACCUUUUCUGAGUAAACAACGUAACAAUUCUUGAAAACUCACCGAAGAACAACAACUCUCGAUCUGAAACAUGUGGAAGGUCAGCUUGCACUUGUUUGCUCUUGUUUGCGCGUCCGCUGUUGCCGAAUUCGAAGUUCCGGACGCGACGAUUGAAGCUUACAGUCCCGAGGGAUUAAAAGUUUCCAUUCCAGAUGUCGACGGAAUCAAACUUUUUGCAUUCCACGGCAAAGUCAACGAGGAAAUGGAGGGCAGGGAAGCAGGGACGUUUUCGAGCGACGUAACAAGAGCGAAAGAUGGAAGUUGGACGUUCUACGAUCCAAACGCCAAACUAAGCGUGGGUGACACUUUGUAUUAUUGGACUUUUGCCGAUUACUAUGACGGGGAGAACAAGCUCGGCUACGUGAAAGAAGAUCAGGAAUUUACUGUCACUGUUCGAUUGUGCGUAAUAUUUCAGAUCGAAUAUUCGGCAACGAUGGUGGUGAUAUUGAAUAUCCUCCUGUUUAAUUUUUUUUGCGGUUUUAGCGAGGCUGGUCUUAGCGUAACCGAAGUCUCCGGCAGCUUAACGACGAAACGAAAGUUGAAAUCUGGACAGUUAAUAUUCGAAGAUAACUUCGACGUAUUCGAUUCAUAUAAAUGGCAACACGAACCCAACGGAAACUCGCACCUGAAAGAGUUCCAGUGGUACACCAACAGUUCCCGUAAUUCUUACGUAGAAAACGGAAUUUUGCACAUCAAACCAACCCUUUACAACGAAACUGGGACAGAUCCUAUUAAUGAACCAAACUUUUACCCCAUUCGAAGCGCUCGAAUAAGCACAGAGGACUUGUUUGCUUUCAAAUAUGGCUUCGUCGAGAUCAAUGCGAAAAUCCCCUCAGGCGAUUGGCUGUUUCCAGCGUUGUGGAUGAUGCCUUCCGAAGGGACUUACACCAAGGUAUGGCCGUUAUGCGGCGAAAUCGACAUCAUGGAAGCGGCCGGCAAUAAGAACUUAACCAAUUCCCAGCAAGAACCGAUAGGUCAGCAACGGGUCAGCAGUACCCUGCACUGGGGGCCCAGCAGAGCUCUCGACAGAUGGAGGUUAACCUUUAUCACCAAAAACGAUCCGUCCUCCUUUAGUUCGACUUUCCGCAAGUACCAGCUCCAAUGGAGCCCCCAGGGUCUGACGUUUUUCGUUGACGGAGAGGAAAGCGGCACCAUAAGCACCCCCGAUGGCGGAUUUUGGAAUUUGGGAAAUUUUAAUGGAACUGGUUUCGCAAAUCCAUGGAUUAAUGGCACAAACCUAGCUCCGUUCGAUCAGAAAUUUUUCCUAAUUAUCAACCUGGCGGUGGGAGGUACGUCCUAUUUUUCAGAUAACAGUGUCAACGCAGGAGGUAAACCUUGGCAAAAUAACUCGCCCAAUGCCAGCGCGGACUUCUGGAACGCCAGAAGUCAAUGGUUGCCGACUUGGAAUCCGGAAUCCGACGAUUCCCACUUUCAGAUAGAUUACGUACGCGUGUGGGCAUUAUAAUUUGGAAAACCACGAAUUUCCUUUUUAAUCUGAUUUUUGUAGUACAUUUUUUUGAUAAUAUGUUUUGCUACAUAAGUGCGUACGGUGAUUUGUUCGAAGUAUACCUCAACGAAGCUCUACACGCGAAAAACAAAAUGGUUCACAUAUGUUAAGUUCGAUUUGAGGAUAAGUAAGCUUUGCACAUACUCGAGACUAAGCUGGCUUAAAAUUAUAAUGGCAAAUUCUCGCUAUCUUAA